AUGGUGUGGAACCCUGAAACUUUUGUGGAAGAGUCAUUGACCCAGAGUGAGUUUGCAACCUGGGAAAAUUCCAUCACAGCAUACCUCAACCACACAGCAACUACCGCCAAACGCCCUACAGUAAAGGAUGUCCGACCCUACUUCCUCAAUCUACCUGAGGAUACUGUGCAGCACACUAUUGCUGCUACCACUGCCUAUGGAGGCAUAAACUCCCAUUUCCCAAUGAGAAAUCAAGUCCAGUCCAUGAACCCAGUUCUCCAACGCCGGCGCCUCCCAGAAGGUUUUGCAACCGACACCUUCUUCUCCACCGUCACCUCCUAUGAAGGAUAUAACGCCUAUCAGAUUUUCUAUGGCCUCGAUUCCCACUCUAUUUUUGUCUAUGGCUUGGGGAGUGAAAAGGAUGGCCCGAAUGCCCUCCUCGAUUUCUUCAAACAAGUUGGUGUCCCUCCAUCCAUCCUUCGGGACAACUCCAAGAUGCAAAUGGGCAAGGUGUGGACAGACUACAUGCGCAGGUAUUGGUCCAAGGACAAGUUCACCCAGCCUUACAAGCCAUCCCAAAAUCGUGCUGAGUUUGGAAUUGGGGUGUGCAAGGGGAGUGUAACCAAGAUGAUGAUCACAACGGGUUGCGCACCCCAAGCCUGGGCAAAGGCCAUCCAACACGCCGCAGACUUAGACAGAAACACUGCAAAGGAAUGCUUGGGAUGGAGGACACCCAUUGAAAAACUUACUGGGCAGACCCCAGACAUCUCCAAUCUCAUCAAAUUCAAGUUCUGGGAUGUAGUACUGUACCAUGAGCCUACCCACAAGUUCCCUGGACAAGCAGUUGGUGGAAAUGAGAGGCUUGGAAGAUGGUUGGGCAGGGCUCUGGACCAUGGUGAUGGGAUGUGUUCUUGGAUCCUAACCCUUGAAACUGAGCAACUCAUUGUCAGAUACGCGGUGAGGAAGGUUGAAGGGGAGAACAUCUCAGAUACCACUAGGGAUGCUGUCUCAGUUCUCCACAAGGAAGAUAGGGCCAGAACCGAAGAAGCCUUCUGCCCUGUUGUGUACACCCAGACAGGGGAGAAGGACCCUAGCACCAAACCUGGGGAGGAACCAAAUUUCAAGGCUCCCCCAGCAGAGGUACCCAAGGAAACCAUCAAGGACCUGUUCAUCUGGGACCGCAUCCCCAAUAAGAAAGGUGUGAAAAGAGAUGUAAAAGGUCAGAUUAAGGAGGUCUACAAUGAUGAUGAUGGUUCCAUCCAAGUAAGGGUGAAAUUCAAGGGUGGAAAGCAGAAGAUCUAUGAGUAUGAAGAGAUCGUCAAGAUGCUAACCAAGUCAGAUGAUGCUCAUGCAGAGUACUGGGAUUUUGACAUGAUCCUAGACCACAAAUGGUCUAAACAACCUGGUAGGCAAGGAAAGAUUGAUGUCAAGGUCAAGUGGAGUGGUUUCACUGAGGAUGAGGCUACCUGGGAACCCAUGGAAGUGAUCAGGAAGGAUAGCCCAACAGUCCUUGCAGAGUAUGCGGCCCUCAAAGGCAUUGUCCAUGAGUCCAGGUGGAAGUGGGCCCACAAGUAUCUGAAGAACAGGAAGAAGUUCCUCAGGAUCAGAAAGCAAUGGAGGCUGAUGAAGAAGAGGACUGGUGAAUAG